GAAGUCAGGGCACAAGGACCGGGGCACAGAGCAAACGGCAUAAGGCAAAGGGCACAGACCACACGACACCUCUCUUAUUAUUAUUGUUGUGAUGCUGCGUCACUCCCAGGCCCCGCCCUGCUCCCGCCGCUGGCUCCUCCCCCUCCGCCUCCUCACCGCGGAGACUCGCCGUCCUGCACUCACAACAAAGAGCAGCCGCGGCCACCUCUCCGCUCCCGGAUCCGUCUCUGCCCGGUGCGGCCCGCACACAUCAUGGUGAAGUUAGCCUUUAAUUCGUCGCUGGCGCAGAAAGACGCCAAGAAGGAGGAUGAGAACAGCGAGGUGCUGAUCAUCCCGGAGAGCAAGGAGGUGGAGGAGGUUGUGCCACUCGGACAGAGACGGGCCUGGUGCUGGUGCAUGUGCUUUGGAUUGGCCUUUAUGUUGGCUGGCAUCGUGCUGGGCGGAGCGUACCUUUACAGAUACUUUGUUUCACAGCAUCUUACAGCAACAGCCCAGCAUCUGACAGAGCUUGAAGAGCGUGGUGUAUACUUUUGUGGAAUAAGAUACACUGAGGAUGACAUGGCACUCGCUGAGCCUUACACAGAAUCCCGCGUCCGCUACCACUCAUUCAAGGAGAGAAUUCAGAUUUUGGAAGAAGAGGAGGUUGAAUUGAUCAAUGUUCCAGUCCCAGAAUUUGCUGACAGUGACCCUGCUGACAUUGUUCAUGACUUUCACAGGAAACUCACUGCAUACCUGGAUCUCAGCCUGAACAAGUGCUAUGUCAUUCCACUGAAUACAUCAGUUGUCAUGCCGCCAAGGAAUUUCUUGGAGCUUCUUAUCAACAUUAAGGCCGGAACAUACCUUCCUCAGUCUUAUUUAAUUCAUGAGCAGAUGGUAGUUACUGAUCGCAUCGAAAAUGUGGACCAACUGGGUGUCUUUAUCCGCCGCCUUUGUCAGGAUAAGGAGACCUACAAACUCCAGCGCAGAAACACCAUUCGAGGAAAGCAAAAACGAGGGGCUGAGCGUUGUUCAAAGAUCAUUCACUUUGAGAACAAGUUUGCGGUGGAGACCAGCAUUUGCCACCUCUAGGGGGAGUCUCGCGAAGACUGUGUCAGCCAUUUAUCAACAGUAUAGCCCUGCCCUUUUGUUGUGUGUAGUCAUUCUUUUAAGGAAGGGUUUUGUUCUUAGUGGCUAGACUUUUGCACAGCAGAUUCACUUUCAUCUCAUCUGUUUUCAAUCUGCAUUUUUUUUCAGUUUUUUUUCCAUAUUCCAUCUUCUGAGUGUGGUAUUUUCUAUUUAAAUCUAGAGAAUAAGACCUUAGAUCAGUGUUUCCCAACCAGGGUGCCUCCAGCUGUUGCAAAACUACAACUCCCAGCAUGCCCGGACAGCCCUUGGCUGUCCGGGCAUGCUGGGAGUUGUAGUUUUGCAACAGCUGGAGGCACCCUGGUUGGGAAAGGCUGCCUUAGAUAAAGACCAUUUACACCAACUUUCAUUCCUGCUGAUUUAGUGGAUUACUUUAUAUAAGACUUUUUACAUGGAAAUGUCACAGCAUUUAUCCGCCACUACUAUACUACACACACACACACACACACACACACACACACACACACACACACAC